AUGUACUAUCUGUUGCCUCUAUCGGCGCUCCUAGCCUUCUCAGCUGCUCAGGGAGUAGGCACACCAUCCCACACAAUCAUCUUGGAUGCUGGAAACUCGAGUACUCUGCUGAAGAUAUACCAAGUGAAUGUCGUACACUCCAAGUAUGGACCGGAGUCCAGUGUGAAACUGUUGUUCUUGAAAUCCUUCUCUCCUGGGGUGAGAACUCUCCUCAGUGACCGCAAGUUUCUGCUCGGACACCUGGACAGCAUCCUAGCGGAAGCACGGCAGCACAUUCCUAGCGCCCAUUACGAAUGGGCCUAUCUCCACGUGUACUUGACCUCAGGCCUGCGCUUCUUGCCCGUCGAAGACGUGAAGCAAAUCCUGGACUACAUUCGAGAGCUGCUCUACCAGAACCGCACUCUGAACCCCUUCCAGUUUAAAAAGUGCAAUGUCCAGUUGCUGUCGGGUGAAGAUGAAGCUGUCUCUAGCUGGCUGGCUGCUAACUAUCUUCUCGGAGGCUUAGAUGGAAGCAGAUUCCAGAAUGAGACAGUCGGAGUCCUGGACAUGGGCAACGAAGCCACAGCAAUCACAUUUGUACCAGACGAGCCCCAGUAUUCUGAGAAAUAUCCACUUAUGUUUAACAAGAAAAGACACGAGCUGUACACACAGAACUACCUGCAGUAUGGAUCAGAGAGCAUCUAUGUCAAGAUUCACAAUGUCCUGGAAAACAGAAGCUUAGCUGCACCUCAGCCUAUGAACCCAUGCAUGCUUCACGACGAUAUCAAACAAGUACAACUGAGCGAUGGAAGAAUUGUGACUCACAAAGGAUCAGGCGAUCCUGUGUUUUGUGAAGAAAUCCUAGCCCAGAUCUUCAAACCCAGCAUUGGGGACGAAUGUUGGCCAAAACCAUGUAGUUUGGGACAUGUGUACCAACCCCGGGUACUGGAUAUCCCUUUCAUUGCCACCGUUGGCUUCGUGUACACCCCAACAGCCCUGGGUGUUGUUGAUAUCACUAAGAUUCUGUAUCUAGAUCGCCUGAGAGAGGCCGGCCAUGUUUAUUGCAAGAAGACUGUCAGUCAGGCAAUGGCUGAGUACGAGAAAGAUGCUGAGAGUGUCUCCCAGGACUGCCUGAUGAGCCUUCUCAUUCCAACACUCUUUGUCAACGCUUAUGGCUUCGCUCCGGACUCCAGGCAAAUUCGACUGAUGCCAGAUGUUGAAGGCGAGCCCAUAGAUUGGGCCCUUGGUAUGGUCUUACAAUUGGCAGAAAGAUACGAAUACGCUGCACUAUAA